AAUAUGUUGGUGGUUUACUGUUAACGUCUAACAUUGUUGAAAGUUUUUCCUCAAGAUUAAUUAACAUAGUUUUAUGGGAUUUCCCAGAAAAUGCGAGGUAUAAUAUUCGUCCUCGCGACGCUGCUCGCGUACGUACAUGGUAUAAGAUUUUAUCUUGAACCAAACUCGCUGAAGUGUUUGAAAGAGGAGGUUCAACCAAACGUCUUGGUUGCUGGAGAAUACGAAGUCUCUGUUACACCAGGUGUCAAAACUGAGUACAUUAUAAGGGAUACUAAAGGAGAUAUUCUUUCAAGAAAGGAUGACAUACCUCAUGGGAAAAAACUGAAAUUCUCCUUUGUUACUGAGACCUAUGAUACCUUUGAGAUUUGCUUUAUGGCUAAAUUUGUUCCAGACACCAAACAGGUUAAACAGGAAAUUUAUUUAAUCACAAAGCGUGGAAUUGAAGCUAAGAAUUACGAAGUAAUUGGGGAAGCAGCAAAUUUAAAGCCUUCUGAAGUUGAACUGAAACGUUUAGAAGAUCUAUCUGAAGCCAUUGUCCAAGACUUUGCUCGAAUGCGAAAAAAUGAGGAAGAAAUGAGGGACACUAAUGAGGCAACAAAUACUCGAGUAUUGUAUUUCAGUAUAUUCUCUAUGUGUUGGCUCGUGGUUCUUUCCAUUUGGCAACUUCUCUACUUAAGACGUUUCUUCAAAGCGAAGAAACUAAUUGAGUAA